AUGAUGCCUCCUAAUGAGCAAGAAUCUAGCUUUCCGAUAAUACCGGGGGAAAACCGAAAUCAAACCAGCCCGGUUCAAGAAAACCGAUCUAGUUCUCCAAGUCAUGUAAUCCCAUGCCUUGACGAUGAUGAUGAAGGCGGUCCCGGUCCGAGUCACCGAUCAAGACAAACUUCAGUUCUACGCCAAUCUUUACGUCCCAUAAUUCUCAAGUUUGAGGAGUUAACGUACACUAUUAAAACACAAACCGGGAAACGAAGCUAUUGGUUCGGUUCAUCAGAACCAAAACAGAACCGGUUAAUUCUUAACGGAGUAAGCGGUAUAGUCAAGCCAGGUGAGCUACUCGCAAUGCUAGGUCCAUCAGGGAGCGGCAAAACAACUCUAGUAACGGCGUUAGCCGGACGUUUACAAGGGAGGCUCUCAGGAACCGUUAGUUAUAACGGAGAACAGUUUACAAGCUCCAUGAAACGGAGAACCGGAUUCGUUACACAAGACGACGUUCUCUACCCUCACUUAACGGUGAUGGAGACGUUAACGUACACGGCUUUGCUCCGUUUACCUAAAGAACUGACCCGGAAAGAGAAAACUCAACAAGCCGAGACGGUUAUUUCGGAUCUUGGGUUGACCCGGUGCUGUAACAGUGUGAUAGGAGGCGGGUUGGUCCGAGGGAUUUCGGGUGGGGAGAGAAAACGGGUUAGUAUCGGUCAAGAAAUGCUCGUGAAUCCGAGUUUGUUACUUCUUGAUGAGCCAACGUCGGGUCUUGACUCGACCACGGCGGCGCGUAUAGUCUCUACGUUGAGAUCGUUGGCGCGUGGGGGGAGGACGGUCGUGACGAGUAUUCAUCAGCCGUCGAGUAGGCUUUAUAGGAUGUUCGAUAAAGUGUUGGUUUUGUCGGAAGGAUGUCCUAUUUAUAGUGGGGAUUCGGGUCGGGUCAUGGAGUAUUUUGGUUCUAUUGGGUUUCAACCCGGAUCCAGCUUUGUUAACCCGGCUGAUUUCGUGCUUGAUCUUGCUAACGGAAUUACUUCGGAUACAAAGCAAAAUGAUCAAGUGGAGACACAUGGGAAAUUAGAUCGGCUUGAAGAACAAAACUCAGUGAAACUGACGUUAAUAUCGGCUUACAAAAAGAACUUGUAUCCACUUUUGAAAGAAGAAGUUUCUAGAACGUUUCCACAAGAUCAAACGGUCAAUAGGUCAAGAGCAAAGACAGUAUUAACAAAUCGCUGGCCAACGAGUUGGUGGAUGCAAUUCUCAGUUUUACUGACGCGAGGAUUAAAGGAAAGAAGACACGAAUCAUUUUCAGGACUUAAAAUAUUUAUGGUCAUGUCGGUUUCUUUACUUUCUGGCCUCUUAUGGUGGCAUUCCCGCGUUGCUCACAUACAAGAUCAGGUGGGUCUUUUGUUCUUCUUCUCGGUAUUCUGGGGAUUCUUUCCUCUCUUCAACGCCAUAUUUAUAUUCCCUCAAGAACGGCCAAUGCUCAUAAAAGAGCGGUCCUCAGGAAUCUACAGACUCUCCUCUUAUUACAUAGCAAGAACAGUCGGUGACUUACCAAUGGAACUCAUUCUUCCAACGAUCUUUGUCACGAUCACAUACUGGAUGGGAGGUCUCAAGUCAUCUUUAACCACAUUCAUCAUGACCCUUAUGAUCGUUCUCUACAAUGUUCUUGUCGCUCAAGGUGUAGGGUUAGCUUUAGGAGCAAUCUUGAUGGAUGCGAAAAAAGCAGCGACGUUAUCUUCGGUGUUAAUGCUAGUGUUCUUACUAGCCGGAGGAUACUAUAUCCAACAUAUACCGGGAUUCAUUGCGUGGUUGAAGUAUAUUUCUUUUAGCCAUUAUUGUUAUAAGCUUCUUGUCGGGGUUCAAUACACAUGGGAUGAGGUUUAUGAAUGUGGACCAGGGUUGCAUUGUAGUGUUAUGGAUUAUGAAGGGAUUAAGAAUUUGAGGUUAGGGAACAUGAUGUGGGAUGUUUUGGCUCUUACCCUUAUGUUGCUUCUUUACAGGGUUCUAGCUUAUGUAGCUCUGAGGAACUUGUGA